GUUCCACCCUCCCUCGGUGGUCGGAACCCUGGGCAGCGCUGCAGCCACCGCAAAGCUGCUGUCUCUCAGCAUGGCACAGUGCGCGCACGCGUUGGGCAUUGCUGCGUCGCUUGCAGGGGCACCCAUGGCAAACGCGGCCACCCAAGCCAAGCCACUGCACGUCGGCAAUGCCACCCGCCUGGGCUUCGAAGCAGCGCUGCUGGCAGCUCGAGGGAUGGAGGCUAACCCCUUAAUUCUGGAUGAUAUCCCUGGUUGCUCUGGAUUCAGUGCUUUCUACAGCGUCUAUCAACCCAAACCACUGUCCACACCAAGUGACCAUCAUGAGUUCCUCUUGGAGAAGCAGGAUAUCGCCUUCAAGCGAUUCCCAGCCCACCUGGGGAUGCACUGGGUGGUGGAUGCUGCCUUGUCCGUCCGGAACCUCUUCAUCAACUACGCAGGGUCCUUCUCUCCCUCUUUGAUCCGCACCAUUGUGCUGAAGAUCCCAGUGUCAAAGUACAUCAACCGGCCUUUCCCCAGCUCUGAACACCAGGCUAGACACUCCUUCCAGUUCAAUGCCUGUGCUGCCCUGUUGGAUGGUGAAGUGGGCCUCAGCUCCUUCACGGAGAGCAGCAUCCAUCGGCAGGAGCUGAGGGAGCUGCUGGACAAAGUGGUGGUGGAGCACCCCGAAGAUAACAUGGCCAACUUCGACAAGAUGUACGGAGAGGUGGCACUGCUCCUGCACAGCGGGGAUGUCCUGACAGGCAAAUGUGACACUUUCUAUGGGCACUGGAGGAAGCCUCUGAGCAAAGAAUCGCUCCUGAAGAAGUUUCGAUCCAACGCCUCUCAUGUGCUUCCAGAAGAAAGAAUAGAAACCAUCAUCACUAUGGUGGACAACCUGGAGAAUCUGUCGGAUAGUUCCCAGCUGGCCUGCAGCCUGUGA